AUGCCAUCUCUGCUUGCUAUUCUGCUGGCCGUACCAGCCACUUCAGCCUUGACAUUGCCAGCAUUCCUGCAAAGCCAAGCGCAAUCACCACUCCAAUCACUCGAUCACUCCCAGAACUACCAUUUCGAUCCGCUAUUACAUCUCCCUGGAAUCUCUCCAUACUUCGACGCCGUAGCCUUUGGUUUAGAACACACACCUCCUCCGGGAUGCAAUGUCACAGCAGCGUCUUACAUCAUCAGGCACGGUGCCAUCUACGCUAAUGACAAGGAGUAUGAGGAAUAUAUCAAGCCGUUUCUCUGGAAGCUCGAAAAGCACCGCCAAGGAUGGAGUGGGCCGUUGGCAUUCAUGGAGAAAUGGCAGUCACCCAUUCUGGAAGACAAGCUUGAACACUUGACACCCUCUGGCGCCGUGGACGCAAAGGAAGUAGGCAAGCACCUACUCCAGCGCUAUCCUCACCUCGUCCCGGAAACCAAGCGCAUCCUCGCCGACAAGAAGAGCCGAACCUUCGACACUGCAACCAAUAUGAUCAAAGCUUUUCCCCAAGAAUCCGAAAUCGAAAUCGUGCGCAUCACCGAAAACACAAACGGAUCUAUGGAAUCUCUUAUCCCGCAUAAAUCCUGCAAGAACUUUUCCAAGAAGCCCGGUGUCAAGCAGCAGGAGAAGGUUAUUGAUUUGUACGGCAAACCAGUUGCUAAGCGACUAUCUCCAUACACGCCGUUUGAUCUCUCGCCAAAAGACAUUGUAGGCAUGCAAAUGCUGUGUGGCUAUGAAUCCGCCAUCAACGGUCGCCGCAGCCCCAUCUGUGCCACCUUCACAGACUCAGAAUGGAUGGCAUACGAAUACGCGUGGGACCUCAAAUAUGCGUAUAUGGUCGGACCCCUCAACCCACUCUCGCCAUAUCUCGGUUUCCCUUGGUUGCAAGCCCAAUCUGAGCUCUUCGCCCACAUCGAAGAGCAUGGCACAAGCGGUAACGGCUGGCCAGACAAACAGCGCUUCUUCCUGGGUUUCACGCAUAGAGAAGUGCCCCCCUUCAUCGCCACUGCCCUUGGUCUUUUCAACUCCAGCUCAGACGCUGCAGAGCAGUUCCCCACAGACCAUAUCAACUGGACGCGUGCGUGGAAGAUGUCUGAUCUUAUUCCUUUCCUAGGCCAUGUGGGUAUGGAGAAGAUGGUGUGUGAGCGUGGGGCUGUGCAUGGUGAUGGACCGGGCACGUUUGUGAGGUUCAUUGCGAACACAGCUCCGCGACCGAUUCCGGCGUGUCAGGAUGGACCUGGUGCGAGCUGUGAGUUUGGUGCUUUUAGAAAGUUGAUUGGGGAGGGGGCCAAGGCGCACGAGGACUUUCACAAGGUUUGUGAUGUCAAGGGGUGUGGAGAUGCCGGGUGUGUUGAUGACGAGUAUGGGAGAUGAUAGGGAUACGGUAAUGCUAUUAUGUUAUGUGUAUAUAUAGUCUACCUAAUAUAUUUUAAAAAGAUGUCUCGUCUGGUUGU